CCUAUUCGAAAUUUUUGCAGCUAUUAUACAGAAGAGAAAAGUAUUUCUGCACCUUCUAAAAAACCGAUUAAUCGUUCUGGUAUUAGUGGUUUAAAACUUUAUGGUAAAGAUAUACGAGACUUGGAUGAUACGGAUUUGGAAGUAUUGUUAUCAAAAUUGUCUCCGGAAGAACUGGAAGAUCUAAACUGUGAUUUCGAUCCAGAUAAUUCACUUUUACCACCAUCACAACGUUGUCGAAAUCAAACAGAUAAAGCACCAACGGGGCCUUUUCAAAGGGAGAAACUUUUGUCAUAUCUAGAAGAAACAGCGAAGAAAGAGCAAGAUUGGGAAGAAUACGUUCCAUUUAGUCCUGGAGUCAAGCGCGGAAAAGUAUUCCAACCAAAAAAAGGUGAAAAUGCAGAGAAAGCAGAUGGAGAAAUGGAAAUGCCAAUCGAAUUGGAUGUAGACGAUGAUGAUGAGCUAGAUGAAGCGCUUAAUGAUGCUCCUGAGAAAGAUCUUGUCGAUUUGGCUGGCAUUUUGGGCAUGCAUAAUCUUUUAAAUCAACCUCAAUAUUAUAAUGCAUUGAAGGGCAAAAGUCAAGAUGAAUCAACUGGAACUACUUUUCGUGGUGUCGUUCGAUCCUUUGAACCAAAAAUUAUCCCUGAAGAACCCGAAAACACCACGGAUAUUGAAGAUUGUAUCAGGCAAGUGUUUUUUUCUGCAAAUUAUCAGUUACAUUUUAGUAAGCUGGAAUCGAAUGAAAAAAACCUAACAGAAAUCAAUAUAAAUAAUAUGAAACGAAUAUCGAAAGAACGCAUUAAGGCGUUAAUUAGAGCAGCAUGUGGCAACAAGCAAAUCAGAAAACUUUCUAUGGCAAACACUGCAAUAUCCGAUCAGGAAGCAAGAGGGCUUGUUGAAUUAUUGGAAACAUCACCUUCACUGCGCGUAUUAAAUAUUGAAUCUAAUUUCAUUUCUCCUGAACUGCUGGCCAAAUUGCUUCGGGCGACUCUAGUUACUCAAAAUUUGCGUGCCAGUGUACUUGGCAAUCAAAUCGAGAUGGAUAUGAUGUUGUCAGUUGAAGAAAAUGAAUCGCUUUUACGCGUUGGUGUGUCAUUUCAAUCGAUGGAAGCUCGACAUCGAGUCUCAGAAGCAUUAGAAAGGAAUUAUGAACGACGUCAGUCUCAGUCUUUCCUUUUCUGA